GCAGCGUGUCACUCAGCCUGCCUGUGACCAAUCAGUGCGGGGCUAAGCUCCUCCCUCCCGCCCCGGCAGGAGCGGCUGGGUCCCGGCGGGGUUCUCCUCCUUUCCGCUGCUCCGCUCUCCGAGUCCGGCCGUUUCUGCUGCCAGAGCUGCUCGGCCUGCCCAUGGACAGAGGAGCGAUGCUGACCGCGGCUCUGCUGUGCUGCUGGAGCUGCACCGUGUGUGUGGUCACAGCCAUCCGGAGGACGGAUCUGUUCCCUUUCGGGGAUUUGAACGGAGAUUUAAUUUUACCAGAGGGCGACGAUGAGACAUCCAGAGCGCUGACCCUACCGAGACCCUUUUACUUUUUUGACUCCCCUUUUUCCCAGCUCUAUGUGGCCACCAAUGGCAUCGUCUCGGCUCAGGAUCUGCCAAUGGAAAAGCAGUAUGUUGAUGAUGGUCUGCCUACAGACUUCCCUGUUGUGGCUCCAUUCCUAGCCGACAUCGACACAAGUGGAGGACGAGGAAACAUUUACUACCGCGUUACUGAAACACCCAGCAUACUUAACAGAUUCGCUCAGGAGGUUCACCGGGGCUUCCCAGAUGCAAAAUUCACUCCCACGCAUGCUGUGGUGGCAACGUGGGAAAACGUCGCUGCGUACGAAGAACAAGCUCGAGCCAAUGGCGCCACCAACAAGGUCAAUACGUUCCAAACUGUGAUUGGAUACGAUGAAACCGACUCGUACGUUCUCUUCCUUUAUCCCGAAGAUGGACUCAACUUUUAUGGGACGCGACCCAAGGAGUCCUACAAUGUGGAGAUAGAGUUUCCUGCUAGAGUUGGCUUCAGUAGAGGAGAAGUUUCUUUUUUCAUCAUCUCCAAAACCGAUGGACCUUUUUAUAGCGUUGCCCAAGAUGAAAACAGUGUUAAAAGGCUUUCUCAGGUUGGGAAUACUGGUGUUCCAGGUGUUUGGCUUUUCCACACUGGAAAACGGUUUUCUUUUCAAGAGAUCAUUCCUGCAUCCAUUGGUGGUCUCCUUGCUGUCCUCCCUACUGCUGGUUACGGCCUCUACCUGGACUCAACCACUCCUGAAUAUGAGUUUGAUGAUUACAACUUUGAGCCAGAGAGCCAAGAGGAAGUGGAUGCUGCUGGAAGUCCCGACUCUCCAAAUCCUCGAUCGGAAGACUCCGAUCGCCAGUUAUCGUACAGCAGAGAAGAUGUGCCAUUGACCUUGGAGCCGGUAGAAAGGCAGUACGCUCCACCUGGGUUUCCACUGACGGUUCCUGAAGGGGGCACUCAGCGGGUCGAGGAACAGCAACCACAGCUUCCUUUGGAGGUGUUGGACGUCUACCCCCCUCUGAGAAGCAACCCGCCCCUCUCCCCUGGAGGUCAUGUCGUCAGCGUGGAUGAAGAUGAUGUUGACUUUGACACAGGAGUGAUCCAGUACACUACAGAGAACAAGGAAACAUGCGCCAGGUUCCAGCAGCAAUGUUCCCAGAAUGCAUUCUGCUCAGAUUACCCCACAGGAUUUUGCUGCCACUGCCAACCGGGCUUCUACGGAAAUGGCCGCCAUUGUCUGCCAGACGGCGCUCCUCAGCGUGUCAGCGGUAAAGUGAGUGGCACGGUGACGGUGGGUUCGACUCCGGUUGAGCUGAACAACAUCGACCUUCACGCCUACAUCGUGGUUGCAGAUGGAAGAGCUUACACAGCCAUUAGUGAGGUACCAGAACCAGUGGGCUGGGCCAUGAUGUCGGUGUCACCAGUCGGAGAGCUUUUCGGUUGGUUGUUUGCUCUGGAGCUGCCCAAUGGCCAAGCGGGAUUUAAAAUCACAGGUGCAGAGUUCAGUCGUCAUGCUGAGGUGGUGUUUAGCCCCGGCAACCAGCGCCUGUCCAUCACGCAAACUGGCCGCGGCCUUGACGAACACAACCACCUCACUGUGGAUACUGUCAUUAGUGGCAAUGUUCCCUUCGUUCCACCUGGAGCUGAAGUUACUGUGAAGCCCUUCAAGGAGACCUACCAGUACUACCCGUUUGUCACCACCUCCAGCUCUGUCAGGGAGUUUUCCGUCGGUUUGCCUGAAAAGGUUUCAGAGUCGUACACGUUCCACCUGAAGCAGAACAUCACAUACCGCGACUGUCGCCACGGAAACCGGGCUGCCACCCCGGAGACGCUGCAGAUCAACAUGGAGAGGGUGUUUGUGAUGUACGUCAAGGAGGAGCGGAUUCUGAGAUACGCCAUCACCAACAAGAUCAGCCCGGUCGGAGAUUCAUCGGAGGUUGAACUGCUGAACCCCUGCUAUGCCGGGAACCAUGACUGCGACACCACAGCACAGUGUAUCCCACUGGAGGGCCAAGCUUUCCGGUGCCAGUGUGCUACUGGCUAUAGAGGAGAUGGACAGAACUGUUACGACAUCGAUGAGUGUGCAGAGGGUUUGAACUCGUGUGGCGAUUACUCCCAGUGCCUGAACCUUCCCGGGACGCACCGCUGCCAGUGCCAGAGCGGCUUUGAACUGAGCUACGAAAGCCGGACGUGUGUUGACAUAGAUGAGUGCAGCUCGUCUCCAUGCCACAUCAGUGCCCGAUGUGUCAACGCCCAGGGCUCCUUCCAGUGUCAGUGCCUGCCUGGGUUUCACGGCGACGGUUUCCUCUGCUCCCCUCAGGCAGUCCACCUGAGGAGCCAGUGUGAGGAGCACAGAGACAGUUUACAGAGUGGAGGACAGCCGAGUGUUGGAGCCUACAUCCCUCAGUGUGAUUCUGAUGGGCAGUACCGACCGCGCCAGUGUCAUGGUUUUACAGGAUAUUGUUGGUGUGUGGACAGUAGAGGACAGGAAAAACCAGGAACCAGGACUCCACCCGGUACCGCACCUCCAGCCUGUGAUUCUUUAGAUAAACCAGAGCGUCCAAAGACUCAGUGUGAGCGCCACAGAGACCGAGUCCAGACCAGCAGUGCAGAUGGAUUCCCUGUGGCUGGAGCCUACGUACCUCAGUGUGACGAAAAUGGACAGUACCGGCAACUGCAGUGCCACAGCUCUACCGGAUACUGUUGGUGUGUGGACAGCCAGGGAGAAGAACGCCCAGGAACCCGAACCCCGCCUGGUACGCCCCCCACAGACUGCGACAAACCGGAGCGUCCAAGGACUCAGUGUGAGCACCACAGAGACAGCGUCCAGAACACCGGUCCACUUGGACCUCCUGUAGUUGGAACCUACAUACCUGAGUGUGAUGAAAACGGACUCUAUGUACCAAAGCAGUGCCAUGAUCUUUCGGGAUAUUGUUGGUGUGUGGACAGCAGCGGACAGGAGAGAAGCGGAACCAGAACUGGACCUGGUUCACCCAGUAUAGACUGCAGAAUAAUAGACCACAUACAGACUCCAAAGACUCACUGCCAGCGCCACAGAGACAGCGUCCAGACCACCGGUCCAGAUGGACUUCCUGUUGUUGGAGCCUACGUACCUCAGUGUGAUGAAAUUGGAUCCUAUCUACCACAGCAGUGCCAUGGUUCUACUGGAUAUUGCUGGUGUGUGGACAGUAGGGGACAGGAGAGAGCCGGAACCAGGACUGGACCUGGUUCACCCAGCGUAGACUGCACAUCAGAGGAACUAGAGCGUCCAAAGACUCUCUGUGAGCGCCACAGAGACAGCAUCCAGACCAGCUCAGACGGAUUUCCUCCUCCUGGAUCCUACGCAGCUCAGUGUGAUGAAAACGGACUCUAUUAUCCAAAGCAGUGUGAUAUUUCCCUUGGACAAUGUUGGUGUGUGGACAAUAGGGGACAGGAGAGAGCCGGAACCAGGACUGGACCUGGUUCACCCAGGGUAGAAUGCAGAAGAGAUGAACCAGAGCGUCCAAAGACUCACUGUGAGCACCACAGAGACAGCGUCCUGUCCUCCAGACCAGAUGGACUUCCUCUAGUUGGAGCCUACGUACCUCGGUGUGAUGAAAAUGGACUCUAUGUACCAAAGCAGUGCCAUUUUACUACUGGAUAUUGCUGGUGUGUGGACAGUAGUGGACAGGAGAGAGCCGGAACCAGGAUUGGACCUGGUUCACCCAGGGUAGAAUGCAGAACAGAGCGUCCAAAGACUCACUGUGAGCAUCACAGAGACAGCGUCCAGACCACCGGUCCAGAUGGACUUCCUCUACUUGGAGUCUACGUACCACAAUGUGAUGAAAAUGGACUUUAUGUAUCGCAGCAGUGCCAUGGUUCUACUGGAUACUGCUGGUGUGUGGACGAUAGAGGACAAGAGCUCCCAGAAACCAGGACUGCACCUGGUGCACGUCGUGUAGACUGCAGCAGAACAGAGGAACCAGAGCGUAGAAAGACUCUCUGUGAGCAUCACAGGGACAGCGUCCCGACCACCAGUCCAGAUGGAGUCACUUUAUUUGGAGCCUAUGUACCUCAGUGUGACGAAAAUGGACUCUAUGUCCCAAAGCAGUGCCAUGGUUCCACUGGAUAUUGUUGGUGUGUGGACAGUAGGGGACAGGAGAGAACCGCAACCAGGACUGGACCUGGUUUACCCAGUAUAGACUGCAGAUUCGAGGAACCAGAGGCUCCAAAGACUCACUGCCAGCGCCACAGAGACAGCGUCCAGACCACCGGUCCAGAUGGACUUCCUGUUGUUGGAGCCUACGUACCUCAGUGUGAUGAAAUUGGAUCCUAUCUACCACAGCAGUGCCAUGGUUCUACUGGAUAUUGCUGGUGUGUGGACAGUAGGGGACAGGAGAGAGCCGGAACCAGGACUGGACCUGGUUCACCCAGCGUAGACUGCACAUCAGAGGAACUAGAGCGUCCAAAGACUCUCUGUGAGCGCCACAGAGACAGCAUCCAGACCAGCUCAGACGGACUUCCUCCUCCUGGAAUCUACAUACCUCAGUGUGAUGAAAACGGACUCUAUCUAUCACAGCAGUGUCAUGGUUCCACUGGAUAUUGUUGGUGUGUGAAUAGUAGUGGACAGGAGAGAAUCGGAACCAGGACUGGACCUGGAUCACUUAGUUUCGACUGCAGGACAGGCAGGACAGAUCAAUCGGAGCGUCUUAAAACUCCCUGUGAGCAUCACAAGGAAAGAGUUCAGGCCUCUAGCUCACGUGAAUAUCCUGUAGCUGGAGCCUAUGUGCCUCAGUGUGACGCCGAUGGACAAUACAUACCACUACAGUGCCACUCGUCCACUGGUUAUUGUUGGUGUGUCAAUGAGGACGGACAGGAGAGAGCGGGAACCAGAACCCCACCUGGUGCUCAACCAAGAGACUGUGCGAAACCAGAUGCUCUUAAAACUCUAUGUGAGGAGCAGAGAGACAGAGCACAGGCCAGCAUUCAGAAGCGUUACCCCGUAGCUGGAGUGUUUGUCCCUCGCUGCGAUGCACAGGGGCAGUUCCUACCUCAACAGUGCCAUGAAUCUACUGGACACUGUUGGUGUGUUGACAGCAGUGGACAGGAGAGAGCAGGAACUAGGACUGCACCUGGCGCCACACCUGCAGACUGCAGGAAACCAGCGCCCACCAGUCGAGCCGAGAGCGUGUGUGAGAGAUGGAGGGCCAGUUUGAUCGAGCACUACGGAGGGAAUCCCGACCCCCACCAGUAUUUGCCUCAGUGCGAGCCAGAUGGAGAAUUCAGUCCGGUCCAGUGUUACGGGGAGUCCACUUACUGCUGGUGUGUGGACCAGGAGGGCCGGGAAGUACCUGGCACUCGCUCACAAGACGCCGUCAAACCAGCAUGCCUCCCAUCGGUGGCCCCUCCCAUCGUCCGUCCAGUGACCCGUCCGGAUGUGACGCCUCCGGCGAAAACCGCCGUCACCCUCCUCUACGCUCAGGGCCAGAAAAUCGGCGCCCUGCCUCUGAACGGGAGCCGUCUGGACGCAGAGCGCUCCAAAACGCUGCUGACGCUCCACGGCUCCAUCGUUGUCGGUAUCGCCUACGACUGCAAGGAGAACAAAGUCUACUGGACGGAUCUGUCAGCGAGAACGAUCAACAGAGCCUCAAUGGCGUCUGGAGCUGAGCCGGAGAUGCUCAUCAACACAAAGCUCGUCAGUCCGGAGGGGUUGGCCCUGGAUGCCAAGCGCAGGUUGAUGUUUUGGGUCGACUCGAACACGGAUGUGAUAGAAAGCGCAAGCCUGGACGGCAGCAGGAGGCGGACCCUGUUCGACUCGGACCUGGUCAACCCGCGGGCCAUCGUAGUGGUCUCCUCCACCGGGAGUCUUUUCUGGACCGACUGGAACCGAGAGGCGCCGAAGAUCGAGACGUCCACUGUGGACGGUCAGGGCCGUAGGGUUGUUGUGUCCGACGGCAUCGGGUUGCCGAACGCGCUGACCUACGACCUCUCAUCUGGGCAGAUCUGCUGGGCCGACGCAGGCACCAAGCGUCUGGAGUGCAUAUCUCCCAACGGAUCCGGCCGCAGGGUGAUCAACUCUGACCUGAACUACCCGUUCAGCAUGGUCUACCAUAGCAACCACUUCUACUUCAGCGACUGGAGGAGGGACGGCGUGAUCGCAGUCGACAAAGACAGCAGCAAGUUCACCGACGAAUACCUGCCUGAGCAGCGCUCUCACCUCUACGGCAUCACCAUAGCAACCACCCACUGUCUACCAGGGAGCCUCUAGCGACGGACCAGCAGUCCUUUGAUGCUACAGUCGCUGGAUGGAAGCAAGAGUUACAACCCUCACUGUCCUCACCCUCAAAAUAUAACCCAAAGUAAAUGUUUUGUAAAUUUGUUUUAUACCUCAUUUUUUUCCCACUGUUUUGAGUUAUUUUGUUUUCUAUCGAAGCUACAAAACGAAAGAUUUUAAAAGUUCUUCACGAGUGUUUUCCAAUCACUUAAAGGGAAGGAAAAAGUUGGAAGCAGUUAAUAAACUUCGAAUUUCACUAAACUGUGUAAAAUGUUUAUGCUGCUUUGUGCCGCUAUCGUUUUAAAGAGAUUAAUAAAUGUUUCCAGAGGUCAUUGAAGGUCAACAAAAUCGAGCAAAUUUGGUCUCAAUCAGCUGUGCUACAAAUAUUCAAGCUACACAAACAUAGCACAAUUAAUUUAGAUCAGUUUUGUUACAAUCUUAAAAAUUAUAGCAGCACAAACUAAAACAUUUAACACCAGUUUAAUUCUGCAGUAGGUAUGAUUCCUGCUGUCUUAAUUUAGAAUAAAUUUUGGUCUAUAGCCAGUUAGCCGCUAGCUUUAGCGACAUUUUCUAAAUACGAUGCAGGUAAGAUAUUGACUGCUUUUGACUCAACGGAAGCUGGGAAACAGAACAGUAACAGCAUCAGGGUUUUUCUGCGUCCAGUUUCUGUCUCAUGCAACUUCAGUGACUUUUUAAGUAAUGUGUGUGCUUUCCUAUUAAUUAUUUGGAUUCAGCAGUAUUAGCAUUGCUCCAGAGCCACGAGACGGCAAG